AUGGACAUGUAUAUAUUCUUUGAUGUGGAAGCUACGUCAGGCAACCCGAAGGAUGGAGAUAUCGUAGAAAUUGCUAUGAAAACUGAUCCAAAGACCUGCAAGCAGGAGCGAUCAUUUCAAUGUUUGGUGAAAACCAAGCAUAGGCUAUCAAAAUUUAGUAAGUGGCCAAACAGCAUUUAACUUUAACCACAUAGUUAAGUCGGUUGUAUAAAAAAGUAGUUAACUGUAGUUAAAGUUAACUAUCCAUUGGGGGAAUAGGUAACUUCCAAAAACAUAGUUAAAAAUGGCGCAUGGAUUAUUUGCCGUGUACCAUUCUCUCUCUUUCUCUCUCACAUUUUUUUGGGGGACACCCUGUAGACCCUGUUCAAAUAAGUAUAAAAACAAACUCGAAACAGACAUCGUGUGAACGGUGUCCUAAGUGAAACUUGUUUUCUUUUUAGCUGUGAAAUCUGGCAUAACAAAGAAAAGGCUUAUUGAUCCUAACAUAAAUGAAUUCAAAGUUGUUUACAAAAAUAUGAUGAAAUGGCUUAAAAAUCGUGUACAAAAGGCGCGUGAAUGGUAUAAAAAACGUGAUAUAUCCAAGGACGUUCGCCCAGGUAUGGCUGUUGCGGAAACAUUAAGGGUUAAGGCAAACAUUAAAGAUAACUGCCUAAAAAGCCAGUUCAAUUGUGCAUGUUAUGUGUGGUUGCAAAAACCUAUCAUGUGUGAUUUUGUUUUUUUUAGUAUUGUGUGCGCAUGGAGGUUUCAAGUUCGAUUUUGAAAUUUUCAUACGCAAUGUGGAGCGGUAUGUUGGCUAUUUUUACGAAAUGAAGUAUCUGCAUCUGGCCUUUGCAGAUACAUUUCUGUUGUGCCAAGAAGUGAGUUAUACAUGUCCAAUUAACAUAAUUAAAAUCUAUUUAUAUUUAUUUGAUGUAUUUUUUCAUAUUUUUUUUCAGCUACAACAAAAAGAUUUGCCCGAGCUCCAGGACACAGCGAGGUUGGGUAUGGAUGGGCUCUAUAGCCUUUUUUAUGCUGGAGAAAAAUUUCCCGGUAGGUUAGACCGGAGGAUUUGCUGUGAAGCAAAGUCGGCGAUAUAGUAAUUGUUAGUUUAGUGAAAAAACUGUUUUACUCACAUUAUUUCAUAAAUUUUAUGUUUUUUAGAUCGUCACAGAGCUAUGGGAGACGUAAAUGCAAUGUCAAAAAUUUUGGGUGAUAAACUGUGGGAACAUUUACCACAAUUACGGAUCCUAACUUACAAAUCGUU